AUGGAAGAAUUGGAAAAGUUCCCAGUGGACCCCCAAGACGCAUCCAAGGUCUUGCAGGUCGGAAAGCAACUGGACGAAGAGAUUAGGGAGGAACUGAAGAACUUCAUUCGACAGAACUCAGACAUCUUCGCAUGGAGGCAUGAGGACAUGAUUGGCAUAGAUCCCAAGGUCAGUUGCCAUCACUUACAAAUUGACCCGGGCUAUACUCCACACAGGCAGAAGAGAAGGGCGUUGAAUGCCGAAAGGUAUGAGGCCCUGAAAGAAGAAGUGGAACGGCUCAUCAGUAAUGGCUUCGUUCGUGAGGCCAAAUAUCCAAAGUGUAUUUCAAACCCGACACUUGUGAAGAAGCAUAAUGAUAAAUGGAGGGUUUGCAUCGACUUUUCAAACCUAAAUCAGGCCUGCCCAAAAGAUAGUUUCCCGCUUCCGCGGAUUGACCAGUUGGUAGAUUCGACCUUCGGGCAUGAAUUGUUGAGCUUCAUGGACGCUUAUUCAGGCUACAAUCAGAUACCUAUGUUCUCAGGCGAUGAAGAUAGCACCUCCUUCAUCACGGAUAGAGGGCUUUACUGUUACAGGGUGAUGCCUUUCGGCCUGAAAAACGCGGGAGCAACCUACCAAAGGUUGGUCAACAAAAUGUUCGUCGAUCAGCAAGGCAAAAAAAUGGAAGUAUAUGUUGACGACAUGCUUGCAAAAAGCCUCGUGGCUAAGGAUCAUAUCAAGCAUUUGACCGAAGCGUUCAACACCCUGAGAAGAUACGACAUGAGGCUGAAUCCCCUGAAGUGUGCUUUCGGUGUAGUUUCGGGUAAAUUCUUGGGCUACAUCGUAAAUCAGAGGUGGAUAGAGGCCAACCCAGAAAAGAUUAGGGCUUUGAUAGAAAUGAGAUCACCUCAGAAACCUAAAGAAGUACAACGGCUCACUGGUAGAAUAGCCGCACUCAACCGCUUCAUCUCGAGGGCUACUGAAAAGUGCUUGCCCUUCUUUAAAGUCCUCAAGGGAGGCAAUAAGUUCCAAUGGACCCCAGAGUGCGAGGGAGCGUUCCAAGAAUUGAAAAACUACUUGGGACGAACACCGCUCCUUAGCAAACCAAGAGAAGGAGAACCCUUAUUGUUAUCCUUGGCCGUGGCCGAGGGUUCAAUCAGUUCAGUACUUGAACGGGAAGAAGAAACACACCAACUGCCAAUCUACUAUGUAAGCAGAGCCCUGCUCCCCGCCGAAGCCCGAUACCCAGACAUGGAGAAAUUAGCUCUUUCUCCACUUCUCGGAAACUGA